AUGACAGUUCGUGCCGUGCGAGAUCACGAGUACAUGGCCAAAUUUGCUCUAGAGCGUAAUGAUCCGUUCAUCGCUACGAGCCGAAAGCACAAUGACCGCAUCUUUUUCGAGGCAGCACUAUUCGACGAGGGGCUAGAUCUGGAGGAUUUUCUUCCCGCUGACCUAUCUCGGGCAUCCAAAGCAGGGAAGAACACCCAGCCCUCAUCAGCACCUGUGGACGGGGAAACAGAAGGUGAACGGCGUCACAGAGAAUGGAUAGAGCGCCUGCUCAAAGCCUCCAUUCCCACUGGGCCAUGGGAAACAGGCGACCUUGACAGUUCACGCAAGUCUGCGUCUGGCCUUGUCAACACACGAACUGCAUCUGCCAAGAUAGCCUUCUGGGAAAGAGUCGGUGCUGCAGUGAUUGGUGGCGCAUUUCUCAUUGGCCCUAUGUGGAUUCUGGCUUUGGAGAGGAACCUGCACGUCCAUCUCGGGGUGGCGACGGGGUGCGUGACUGCGUUUGGACUUUCGUGUUCAUUUUACUUGAAGACGGUGGACGGAGUCUUUGCUGUUACUUUGGCGUAUGCGGCGGUCAUUAUGGUGUUUGUGGGUGUGGUGCUUGAGGAGGCCGGUGGUAAAGGGUCAUGA